UUGUCAAAAGUCAGAGCUGUCAGAGUUAAAUUGUCAAUAUGAAACAUUUCCUAUAAGAUUAGUAAAUAUUACAGAACCAAAACAAGAACAAUUUUUCUUAUUACUAUUUUUAAAAGGAAAACACAAAAAUGGUUUUAGCAGAUUUGGGUCGUAAAAUAACGACUGCUUUGCAGUCUUUGAGUAAGGCAACAAUAAUAAAUGAAGAGGUACUCAAUGGCAUGCUCAAAGAGAUAUGUGCUGCUCUACUUGAAGCAGAUGUAAAUAUUCGCCUCGUCAAGAAAUUAAGAGAAAAUGUGAGAGCUGUAAUAGAUUUCGAAGAAAUGGCAGGAGGACUAAAUAAGAGAAGAAUGAUUCAAAGUGCGGUUUUCAAAGAGUUAGUGAAGCUCGUUGACCCAGGUGUUAAGCCUUACCAGCCGAUCAAAGGCAAACCAAAUGUUAUAAUGUUUGUUGGUUUACAAGGUUCAGGAAAAACGACAACCUGUACAAAGUUAGCCUAUCAUUAUCAGAAGAAGAACUGGAAAUCAUGCCUUGUAUGUGCCGAUACUUUCAGAGCUGGUGCUUACGAUCAAGUUAAACAGAAUUGUACAAAAGCCAGAAUACCAUUUUAUGGAAGUUAUACUGAAGUGGAUCCUGUAGUAAUAGCUCAAGAAGGUGUUGAAAUGUUCAAAAGGGAAGGUUUUGAAAUUAUUAUUGUAGAUACUAGCGGUAGGCACAAACAAGAAGAGGCUCUAUUCGAAGAGAUGUUGGCAGUAUCUAAUGCUGUUAAACCAGACAAUAUUAUUUUCGUUAUGGAUGCAACCAUAGGUCAGGCUUGUGAGGCACAAGCUAGAGCUUUUAAGGAGAAAGUAGAUGUAGGUUCUGUUAUCAUAACUAAAUUAGAUGGACAUGCUAAGGGAGGAGGUGCUCUCAGUGCGGUUGCAGCAACCAACAGUCCCAUAAUCUACAUUGGUACUGGUGAGCACAUCGAUGAUCUCGAAUCUUUCAAAACUAAACCAUUUAUUAGUAAAUUAUUGGGUAUGGGAGACAUAGAAGGAUUGAUUGAUAAAGUCAACGAAUUAAAAUUAGAAGAUAACGAAGAAUUAUUAGAAAAAAUCAAGCACGGACAAUUUACGCUCAGAGAUAUGUAUGAACAGUUUCAGAAUAUAAUGAAAAUGGGACCUUUUUCGCAGAUAAUGGGUAUGAUACCAGGAUUCAGUCAAGAUUUCUUGUCUAAAGGAACGGAGCAGGAAUCUAUGGCAAGAUUGAAAAAACUCAUGACAAUUAUGGACAGUAUGAAUGAUGGUGAACUUGACAGCAGAGAUGGGGCUAAGCUUUUCUCCAAACAACCUGGGAGGGUGAUCAGGGUAGCUCAGGGUUCAGGAGUGACAGAGAGGGAGGUCAAAGAACUGAUUUCCCAGUACACCAAAUUCGCCGCAGUUGUGAAAAAGAUGGGCGGCAUCAAGGGUCUGUUCAAGGGCGGCGACAUGGCGAAGAACGUCAACUCCAACCAAAUGGCCAAAUUGAACCAACAGAUGGCGAAACUGAUGGACCCCAGGGUGCUGCAUCAAAUGGGAGGCAUGAACGGCCUGCAGAACAUGCUGAGACAGCUUCAGUCGGGCGCUGCAGGAAGCAUGGGUGGUUUGGGUAAUCUCAUGAACAGUUUUGGUGGCAAAUAGUAUCAGAGAGGUUUAUGAAUAAAUUGAAGUCUGUUGUACAUUUUUGAUUCGUUUUUUAUCCAUAUCCCUUCUGUUUGGCAUUUAUAUAUUUUAAGUUCACCUGUACAUUGUUAUUGUACAUUUCAUGAUGUCAAUAAAACACGUGAGGAUUGAA